UGUGCAGCCGUUUUAUAGAUAAUAAUUAAACUAACACUUGUGUUUGAAUCUUACAGACGAAAAGGAUGCCAAUAACAGCCUUCUCAACAACUGGCUUAAAAAGGAAAGCAAAUUAAGCCAGCAAUCAGAUCUUUUCCAUUUUCCCCAGAGAACCCCAAAACUCUUCUACCCCAACAAGUGACAGAAGAGGGAGAGAAAAACAGGAAGAGAGUUUUGUGCUGGAAAAAAUUGAGUAGGUGGAACUCAAAUAUUACAUGAAAAUAUCAAGGGGGAUAAUUUCAAAUUAGGAAAAAGGGAAAUGCCUGGAGGUCAGUGGGGAGGAAGAGGUCACUUGGAUAGCCAUGUAGGGCAGACAGUAAUGCAAGCAUCACCCUGUGAGGAAGGAAAGAGUUGCUUGAAUCAAAGCACCACCAGACAAGGGAUCAGAAAUAGUUUUGAUCUCCUUGAGAAUCCAAGAAUAUCAGUGGUGGAAAAGCCCCACAGAGAUGUACAUUGUGGGAAAAGCACAGAUCGCAGAUCACAGCUGAUUAUGCAUGAGAGGACCCACACUGGCAAAGAGGCCUGCCAGUGUUCUCAAAGCGGCAAAAACUUUAGCAACCACACCACCCUGGUCAAUCACCAGAGGACUCAAACUGGGGAGAAAUCAUAUGAGUGUCCAGAUUGUGGGAAAAGUUUCAAUUGGAAGUCCAAACUGGUGAAACACCAGAGGACUCACACAGGAGAGAAACCGUACGAGUGUCCAGAUUGUGGGAAAGGUUUCAGUCAGAAUUCCCACCUGGUGAUACACCAGAGUACUCACACAGGAGAGAAACCGUACGAGUGUCCGGAUUGUGGGAAAAGUUUCAGUCAGAAUUCCAACCUUGUAAUACACCAGAAGAUUCACACAGGAGUGAAACCAUACGAGUGCCUAGAUUGUGGGAAAAAAUUCAUUCAGAGUUCCUACCUGCUGAUACACCAGAGGACUCACACAGGAGAGAAACCAUAUGAGUGUCCAGAUUGUGGGAAAAGUUUCAGUCGGAAAUCCGAAAUGGCGAAACACCAGAGGACUCACACAGGAGAGAAACUGUAUGAGUGUCCGGAUUGUAGGAAAAGUUUCAGUUGGAAAUCUGAAAUGGUGAACCACCAGAGGACUCACACAGGAGAAAAACCAUAUGUGUGUCUGGCCUGUGGGAAAAGUUUCUCCUUGAAGUCCAACCUGGUGAAACACCAGAGGAUUCACACAGGAGAGAAACCAUAUCAGUGUUCUGAUUGUGGGAAAAGUUUCAGUCGGAAAUCUGAACUGGUGAUACACCAGAGGACUCACACAGGAGAAAAACCGUAUGAGUGUCCCGAUUGUGGGAAAAAUUUCAAUCGGAAUUCCCACCUUGUGAUACACCAGAGGACUCACACAGGAGAGAAACCGUUCGAGUGUCUGGAUUGUGGGAAACGUUUCAGUGUGAAUUCCUACCUGGCCAUACACCAGAGGUCUCACACAGGAGAGAAACCGUAUGAGUGUCUGGAUUGUGGGAAGUGUUUCAGUGUUAAUUCCAAUCUGGUACUACAUCAGAGGACGCACACAGGAGAGAAACCAUAUGAAUGUCUGGAUUGUGGGAAAAGUUUCAGUCGGAAUUCCAAUCUUGUGAAACACCAGUGGACUCACACAGGACAGAAACCGUAUGAGUGUCCAGAUUGUGGGAAGAGUUUCAGUCGUAAUUCCUUCCUAGUGAUACACCGGAGGACUCACACAGGAGAGAAACUGUAUGAGUGUCCAGAUUGUGGGAAGAGUUUCAGUCGUAAUUCCUUCCUAGUGAUACACCGGAGGACUCACACAGGAGAGAAACUGUAUGAGUGUCCAGAUUGUGGGAAGAGUUUCAGUCAGAAUUCCUUCCUGGUGAUACACCAGAGGACUCACACAGGAGAGAAACCAUAUGAGUGUAUGGAUUGUGGGAAAAGUUUCUUUUGGAAUUCCCACCUUGUGAUACACCAGAGGACUCACACAGGAGAGAAACCGUAUGAGUGUCCGGAUUGUGGGAAAGAUUUCAUUGCUAGAUCUAGCCUUCUAAAUCAUGUAGCUUUACAUGUAGGAGAGAAACCAUUCAAAUGCCCAGACUGUGGACGGUGCUUCACAAACAAUUCCUGCCUUAGCAGGCACAAGAAAAUGCACAUGGGGCUGGAAGUGCUGAGUGUAGAGAAGGCUUGAAUUUCACUUCUCAUCUCCCAUUGGACAUCCAGCUAAAAAGUUAAGUAUUUAAUUUCUGGCCUUAUUCUUUUUAGUCAAACAUGUCUCAGUAUUAGAGCUGACGGAGGAGAGAAAAAAAUGGUAAAUAAUAGUUUGAGAAAGGCAAAUACACGUAUCUUACUAUCAGCAGAAGUUCCCACUAAGCUGCUGCAGGUCCUAAGAGAUACAUGAAAAAAAGAUCGGAGCACUUAGAUUUUUUGAGAGAAUAUAUUAGGGAUGUUUGUGGCAGUGACCAAAGCCGUGUAAAGUUUUAGAUGGAAAGGCUCUUCUGCCUUGCAAUUGCACUUGAUAGAUAAUAGCUUCAGGAAUAUUGAGCUGAGGAGAAAAGGCAUUGUGAUUUUGAGCGUAGGAUCUUCAGGUUUAGGAACAGCCCCUUCUGUGAUCCUGUUUGCUUGGAGGUGCCUGCUCGUUAGCCUUCGUUGGCUGUGGGUGACAGCAGCGGCAAGUUGCCAUUUUGGGGGCAUUGCCCUCUCUAGCGCUCCAUCCUCUUGGAUAUGGAUGGUGUCCGUGCAUUUAUACAAAGAUCCAUCCUGCAGUCAGGACUUUUCUCUUAGAAGAUACAGAUAUAGAAGCCCUGCUCAGGACCGCCAGUAUCUUACUCUCAUUGUGUUCCUGAAUUUCUCCCCAUAUGUAGUUGUUGGUUAUGUAGUGUUAACUGAAGAUAUAUCAAUUGUAUUCAAAAUAAGCUCUUCAUUCUGUGAUGAGUUCCCUUGUGAUUAAACAAACAAAAAGCUUCAUAAUGUGCUUUUUUCUUUUCUCUUUUGUAAAGGAGCCAUUCCAGUUUUUCCUACCUUUUUAUGGUUUUUGUUCCCCUUUGAAGACAUGUUUUGCAAUGGUUGUGAGCUACCUUCCACACUGAGCAGAAAUCUUGAGGGAGGAGGGCCUCUCCCAAAGCUUGUAUUUGUGACACUACAAGCAGCAGGGAGUGUUAAUGCAGAGAGGAUUGGUGGCCAGACAGAGGUGCCAAUGGGGGCAAAGAUGAAAAUAACCAUUGGCUCUUUGAAGCCUCCCUCAGCGCUAAAUAGUUGCUGCCAACCAAGGGGCGUUAAUACUGAGCCUUGUGGCCUCCUUUUGACUUUUGCGAUCCCUCCCCAUCUGAAAUCUCUGCAAAUUAGUGCAAUUAACGAUAGAUAAAAUGUUCCCAUGUGGGUUUUUUUUCCCCCUUAUUGCUGAUCCCAGUUGGGAAAGGGGGUUGCAUGAAAUUCCCUCCACUCGAUUGGCGAUGUGCCAUGGAGCAUUGGGGUAGAGUCCCCUGUUGCCCGUGCCAAAUGUCGUUUCAUCCUUGGGGACGAAUUCUACUGUUGGAAAAGGGGCAGCAGCUUGCUUUUAGGGUGCAGCCUCAUUUUAAAGAUGGAAACCCUGAAAACGGGAGAAGGAAGCCAGGAGAGCGACCGUCCUACUCAGAACAAGGGAGUCUCUGCAUGUUUUGGGGAGAGCCCUGUUAGUCUGUGGCAGCCCACCGAAUAGCAGAUCCUGGAAUUGGUGAUCCUGGAGCAGUUCCUGAUUAUCCUGCUGCUGGAAAUGCAGAGCUGGGUGUGGAAACAGAGUCCGGAGAGGGGCAGCCAGGCGGUGGCUCUGGCCGAGGAGUUUCUUUGGAGGCCGCAAGGUGGUGAGCAGAAGGAGGAUCUGGCUGACUUGCCUGAUGAUUCUCCCGAUUCUGAACUGGAUCCGGCGGACAUUGUGAAGGUUGAGGUCCCCAUGGAUGGUGACAGGGGCCCCGACCAUCAGCAGUAUUUCCUGGGAGAAGCAGCGGACCUGCCCCAGGGAACGUACGGCAGUGGGAGGAAGAAGAUGAGUUUCGAUUAUCCGUCAAGGAGCCAGAAAGUCCCGCUGAAGGAAAAAGCGCACAAAUGCCAAUACUGUGGGAAGCUCUCCGACUGCCGCACCCACCUGAUUAUCCACGAGCGAACUCACAUGGGGAGAAACGCCACAAGUGCUCAGCUUGUGGAAAAAGCUUCACCCGGAAGGAAUCUCUGAUUCUCCACAAGAGGUUCCACACGGGGGAGAAGCCGUACCAUUACUGCAACUGAGGCCAGAGUUUCCAGUAUAGACCGCAGUUUGCUUAAUGACCACUUCACUUAGCAACUGAAAUUCUGGUCCCAAUUUUGGUUGUUAAGCAAGGACUACCUGUACAAUCCACGAAACGUGGUUUGUAGUUGUAGGAAUUACACACUGAGAAAUUGCAUCACCAAUGGGCAGUCAUUGGUGGGACCACAGGAAUGAGAGGAAGGGCACUCUAGUUUUUAACCAUUAAUCAGAAAUAUAUCCUUUAGGAGGUUGUAUUUCUGCUUCCCAGAAGAACACCAGAGCAAGGGAACUUCGAAUCUAGCUCUUUCCAUCAGCCACAAGAGGAGUACAUAGAAGGCAAAGUAGCAAAGACUGAUAUAGCCCUUCAAAAUGAGGGGUUUUGAAAGAUUUAAUUUGUUUAUCCAGAGUGGUUUUUUUAGUAUAAUUAGUUUUGCAGAUGAGAACAACAAGAGGAAGUUAUUUUGUUCAAAAUUAAUCAUCUUCACUUCAUUAAAAAAGAGUCCAAAUUACCUUGACUCCAAAGAAUUGAAUCUUCUUUGAAUAUUAUGACACUUUCAUAACGUGAGUUGAAGGGAAGACGUAAAUGGAGAUUGGUAUUUGUAUGCUGACACAAAGGUUGUGGAGUUGGUGUCUUUAAAAGUUAGACUUUAAAAAGUCAAAAUGGCAUUGAGCAACU